CCUUAACUAGCACGAGUCCCCGGUGCACGUUGCUGGCAUCUGAUUGAACGAUCGCUUCGAGGUUGGAUGAGUCCCGUCUCGCACACCUGUGAUCGUUCAAAAAGCUCAUGAUCCACCGUUCACAACGCUUACAUAGUAUGUGAUGAGGUGACGCUUCUCUACAUGUAGACGAUGAUCAUGAUUUCACCAGGGCACAUGCACCUCGAGGAGUGCUCCUGACUGUGCUAGCUUUGGGGGUAUCCAAGGCAUCCUCUACGGAGCUCACUCAUAUCUACUAUUCGAUUUGUACGAGUGCGAAGGGCGGUUCAUCUUAUAUAUCCGUCGAAUUUCGGAAAAAAAAAAACUAGGACACAUAGGUGACCAGCAGCAGUCUAGAAACAGUCCUAAGCAUUUCACCAGCGCGCCUUCAGUACUAAAACAAAAAGGUGACUGAUGCCAUUGAGACCUACGACAUAGUGUCUGGGAAACGCGAACCCAUUCAUUCGCCAUGGCGCCAAACCACCCGAUUAUGGCGAGAGCCAUUGGAAUCGUGGAAAGGCUCACUAAGCGUAUCUCCAUACCGGUUACGCCAUCAAGCCCUCCUGGCUUAAUCGAAGCAACCACGGUCGAUCCAUGGGAGAAGUCAGGGAAGUACGGCCUCGCAUGGACGUAUUUCAGCUUGGCUUUCAUAGCAGUCGUGGUAGUUGUGAGAAUAUGGCAUUGGUGGCAAGAUAAGAUACGACAAGCCAUCUAUAAGCAAGAGGUGGAGCAACACUACCGAGAUUUAUACAGCCUCGACCCGAACCAAGUCGUGACCGGAAUGCAGACAAGCCAGACCGGCAGACAUUUCUUUCCCGAACAGGCCGGAGAGAAAAAGGAUUUCAAGCCUAAAUCUGACUUCUCUGCUGUCGGGCCGGUGCUCGAUGCUCUGGCCUUGUUCAGAUGGGUUUUCUACCGACCAAUUCCCGAUAUUGUAUGGCGCAAACAUCGGUUUACAUUUUCGUCGCUCGCCGUUCUAACUGUUGGAUUUAUUGCGCUCGCGUUUACGUCUUUGUUUGUCUUUCUCAAACAGCCGCUCUAUUGGCAAAGUAUUCAAUACGGUUCGCCACCAGUCGCCAUCCGAGCUGGCAUGAUCGCUGUUGCCAUGACUCCUUGGAUUAUAGCGACUAGUAUGAAGGCGAACCUGCUUACACUUAUCACGGGCAUCGGGCCAGAAAGACUAAACGUAUUUCACAGAUGGGCAGGAUAUCUCUGCCUUUUCCUCUCACUGAUACACACGAUCCCCUUUUUCGUUCAGCCUGUGUGGGAUGAUGGCGGGUUGAAGAUCUACCAAAAACUUUUCCCUCAAGGCGUCAUAUACGGUACGGGUAUCGCAUGCCUUGUCCCCUUAGGAUGGCUUUGUGUCGCAUCACUGCCUUUUAUCCGUAGAAUAGCCUAUGAGUUAUUCAUCACACUACACAUUCCCGUUGGGAUCUUGUAUGUCGGUCUACUCUUCUGGCAUACAAAAAACUACCUGGCGACUUGGGACUACCUAUAUGCUACCAUCGCUAUAUGGGUCUUUUGCUAUAUUUACCGCCUAUCUAAGUUAAACUGGGUUAAGCCAUGGCGCUCAUCAUUCUUGGUGGGGGACGAAGCAGCCAUUACUCUAAUGACGGAAAAUGCCAUUAAAAUCACCAUCCCAACUCAGAUGAAGUGGAAGCCUGGACAGUUCGUAUACCUCCGAAUACCAGGAAUUUCAUUCAUGGACAAUCACCCCUUCACUAUCUCAUCACUCUGCAGUGAAGAUUUCCCUUCAGAAUACGGGGAACAAUAUAGAGACUGUACUGUUGUCUUCAAGCCAUACGGUGGCUUUACACGGAGGGUCCUGGAGACAGCCAUAGAGAAAGGGCCUUUCCACACGUAUCGGGCAUAUCUUGACGGCCCUUAUGGCGGCAUGCGCCGAGAGCUUGCCGCAUUUGACACAUGCAUUCUGAUCGCUGGAGGAAGUGGUGUUACCGCAGUCAUGUCUCAAUUGUUAAACUUGAUUAAGCGUAUGAGAGAUGGUAAAGCAAUCACGAAAAAAGUGGUGGUAGUGUGGUCGCUCAAACGACUCGAGGCAAUGGAUUGGUUCCGUGAAGAGCUGCGAAUCUGCCGUGACUCGGCACCCCCAGAGAGUGUGACAUGCAAGUUCUUCGUUACGUCGGCAGUUCGGCAGUCACGAAUUUCACCACAACAUCAGCGUGCUCCUCGCCCUCUCAGCAAUGUCUUCCAUGAUAGAUUAGACGGGUUCGUAGCUAAUAUUGCUUCGAAGCGCCAUUCGCAGAUGAUUCGAGACGAAGCGCAAGGAAACCCAGAGUAUGAGGAGCAGCUCCGGGCCGAAGAUGAGGAUAAAUUUACAGCGCUUCCCCAGCAAAAAUAUCUUCAACCUAAUUACAUCCCUCCUCAACAUUCACAGCCAGCAAAUGAAUUAUCGCCUCAAGAAGAGUCCUUACGUCGGUUAGAAGGCCGAGCUGGUGUUGAUGAAGACGUUGAAGUGGAAGUACCCCAGCUCAAUGCAAACGGAUAUCCGGAGGAUAAGAAAGGGGAGUUCCACUUUCCGCCACUCAAACUGCGUCCUGAUAUGCAGCCACAUUUCAAUUACGGCCCUCCCUCCCCGCGAAAUUUCCCGCCGUCGACCGGCCCAGAAGCUGCUACGAGUACCCCUCCGCAGGGCGCGGUGCAUCCACCCGAGCUUGCCCAUCUCCGUACGACUAACCUGCCAGGCCAGUCAGGGGCACGGCCAACAUCUACUUUCGGUCCACCUUCGGGAUUCGACUUCGGUUUCCCUGCAACACCAACAGAGUUCCAGAAAAACUUGAUGCGCUUUGCCUUCCCAGUACCUCACCAGAUCGAUGGUGGAUGGAGCGUCGAGUACGGACGACCGGAUCUAGCGUACAUGCUUCGGGAGUGGACAACCGGAGGCUCUGACGGGCGAGGUAUUCUGGGACGGAGAACCGCCGUCUUCGUCUGCGGCCCGGCCGGCAUGCGUGUCGGCGUAGCCAACACUGUAGCUCGGCUACAAGCUGAGAUAUGGGGUGAUCCCAUGCUAGAGGAGAUCUUCUUACACACAGAGAACUACGCACUAUAAUACCAGGCUGGAAAAACAAGGAGCAUGAGGAGCCACUUGUAUAUAUCAUUGGGCAAUUGGGCGAUUUACGACAUGUAUGUAUUAUCUGUGUGCGUGGAGGCAAGACCCCACGUGCUGGCUGGCCUAUUUGUUACGAGGAGCUAGCAUUGAGGGCAAUGCGAUAAGCUCGGCGUUCUAGGGUGUUUUUCGAGAUACCAACUGAAGCAUAUACCUAU